UUUUUACAUCAGAAUCUUUUGUUCAUGGGGCUGCUAUAGGUUUGGAAUCUCAACCUGUUACCUCUCCUUCACGGCACACGGCAUAUAAAGAUUGCAUGAGAGCACCCAUGUAUCCACCAUCUCAUACUGAAGGCCAUCUUGAGUGUUCCAUCAAAUAUUUGAUUCAGAUAUGUCGAACUUGAGCUUCCUUGAUUUUCAAUACAGCAUUUCGAAAAGGAAGUUUCUGCGCAAACCAACUCGAAUGUUUUCCUCCCGGGACAGACAAAACUCCGGAUUAACACCUGGUUUUGAGCCAAAUAUCAACGAGAUGAAGCGUGUCUUUGAGAAAUUUGACACCAACAAGGAUGGGAAGAUAUCUCAGCAGGAUUACAGGGCCAUAUUGAGAGCACUUGGAAAGGGUAGUAUGGUUGGAGAAGUGCCAAAGAUUUUCAGUCUUGUUGAUUUGGAUGGGGAUGGGUUUAUAAACUUCAAGGAGUUCAUGGAAGUGCACAAGAAGGCAGGUGGGGUGAAAGCAACAGACAUCCAGAAUGCUUUUCAAACAUUUGAUCUGAAUGGGGAUGGAAAAAUAAGUGCGGAAGAAGUUAUGGAAGUGCUGAAGAGGCUAGGAGAGAGGUGCAGCCUUGAAGAAUGCCAGCGAAUGGUUAGAGCUGUAGACACCGAUGGUGAUGGUAUGGUCGACUUAGACGAGUUCAUGACCAUGAUGACUCGAUCCAUGAGACGACUUUAGAAAUGUUCGUUUCUGCUCCUCAAUGUAAAGCAGGCUGCUGUAUAAUGUGGCAUCUGUAGCUAAUGCUGAAAGCAUGAUCCGGCUCGAAUACCCUUUUCUUUGUUUGCCAAAAUAAUGCUUCUAAAGCUCAUUAUGCCCCAUUUUGCUCCCAUUCUGGCAUUUCCCCUUUGCGCUUGCUUUUUCUUUCAGAUGAUUUGGAGCAAGAGCUCCCCUUAGCUUACAAGGCAUGGCUAAAGUGCCAUAGGAUUACUCUAGAUUCAUCUGGAUGCAAUUGUUUCCAUAACGCAGUCAAGAGUAGAAGGCCAGCAACUAAUGGUUCAAAAGCCAAAUUU